AUGGCCGCUCAGAAUCCUGGUAUUGAACGAUGGAACCGCAUGCGCGAAGAUGCGUAUAAGCACUUCCGUUUCACCCCUCGCACAACUUGGAUCGCGAUGUGCGGUUUUGUAUUUGUUCCAGGCGCAAUCUAUUAUGUAGCUUCGCAAACACAUUUACAAUGGAAUUGGUCAGGAAAGCGAAAAGACCAAGCUUUGACCACUCAAUCAUGA